AUGUGGCUAGCUCGCGAACAGCACGCGCGCGCGCUUGCGCUCGCCGAGCGCCACGCGCCGCAUAUGGUCGAGGAGGUGCUUGUGGAAGGUGCACGUGCGGCUGCCGAGCGCGGCGACCUCGCUCAGUUCGAAACGCUCAUGAUCCGCGCCAACCGACCAAACGACGUCGUGCAGCAUUACAAAGAGCUUGAGAUGUGGGAAGACGCGGCACGAGUAUCUCGUGAGUAUUUGCCUGAUAGCGCUGAGCCUGUGCCACCAGCGGUGCCUCCUUUACUACAACGAGCAGCCGACCAUGCUGACAGGGGAGAGUGGUGGGAAGCGGUGCAGCUGCUGCUGGGCGCCAGCAGCGCGGGCGCGGCCGGCGGUGCUGAGCGGCUCGCGGAGCGUGCGGCGCUGCGGGCGGCGCGCCUCGCGCGGGAUCACUUGCAGGGGGCUCGACGCCGUGCCGCCGCUGACAUGUUGGCCGAUAGGUUUAACGCCAUUGGACAAAGUGAAGUCGGGGAGCAGCUGCGAGCUGCGUUAUCAGAGGCAGACGACGAUAAUGCUCCAGGUACGAGUGCAUCGGAGUACGAGGAGGAGGCGGCGAGAUUGGGAGUGCGCGAGGUGGGCGCGGAGGAAGAAGCGGAGGCAGAGGCGGGCGCGGGAAGCGCAGGCGUGGCCCUGGAGCGGCUGGCGCGCGCUGGACACUGGCAGCGCUGCCUCGCGCACGCUGCGCGCGCCGCUCCGCACUAUGCGCUGCGAUACGCCGCGCACCUCUUCAAGACACAUCCUCGUACUGAAGGCAUUGACAUAGAAAGUGAGGAUGUACCCGAAGCGCUAUCCUUGACACUGGACGCACUCCGCCAGUAUCUCGUAAGCGACAGUGACGCUACUGUACAAAAUAGCGAUGCAGCGCUGGCUCGGGCUGUUUGCAGCGAGCUCCUUGUCCGUGUGUCAACGGUACCGCGAGCGCUUCAAGCGCUGAAAGAUGCCGCGGCGGUAAUGCUAGCGGCGGGGGCCGAUGAUAGGUCACUUCAGGCAAUUACAUUGUUGAUGGGACUCCACGUACCUCAAAUCGCUUCCAAAGUAGCACGAGCUUUGCCGCGCUACACGGACAUCAUCGUCGCUGACGUUGCGUUCUUCAGUGCGGGCAGCGCUAUACGCGCAGAGGGCGCGGGCGGCGCACGCGAGGCUUUCGCGUUGCUCAAUCACUGCCUCGAUCUCGCCGAGGCGGCCGAUGACGACGCCGCGCACACGCUCGACUAUACGGACUUCGAGUGCACGGACUGGCCUCAUAAUCCGCUUCUGCUGGAGAGCGCGUGUGUUCGAGGGCCGCCGCUUGACGAACUUCGUGAAUGGGUGCUGUCCGUGUCUAUGGACCAGGCUGUUGAACAGAGUCUGCCACUGGACAAACGUGGUAUGUACGCAGCCAGUGUAAGCGGAGACGAACCGUGCUGCAUUAUCACGGGACACCCGCUUGGAUCGCGACUCGUUACAUUCUCCAACGGUCGGUGUGCAAAUCGCGAGUGGUGGUCGCGGUUGAGCCAGGCGGCGAAGCUGCGGGUAGGCGGCGCUGCGGCCGCGCUGCAGGAGCACAUCGCCCGCUGGUGCGGCGGGCCCGACACCACGCUCCUGUGA